AUGGCUGACAUGUUACUGUUUUCAGCUCAGACUGAUGUGGUGAAUCAACUUCAGGACAGACUGAGUGCUGCUGGACAUCAGCUGCUUGAGGUGCAGAUGGAAACAACAGCUCAUCUUUCCUCGAUGGAGUCCAGACUGACUGACAAACUCAACAGCACUGCAGAUAUGGAGGUCAGAUUGAGAUCCACUGAAACACAGCUGGAACAGCUGGGGACUGACACUGCAGCCAUGGAGCUCAGACUGGGAGAGAAGGAGAAACUACUGGAAGACCUAAAGACAGAAAACUCAGAGUUGGAGAGCAGGCUCGUGGUCAGUGAGAAACAGCUGGGAGACCUGAAGUCUGAAAACUCAGAGUUGGAGAGCAGGCUCGUGGUCAGUGAGAAACUGCUGGGAGACCUGAAGUCUGAAAACUCAGUUUGUGAAGCGCAGCUGUCAGCUGUGACGGUCAGGCUGAACGUGACCGAGGAGCAGCUGGACAGACUGAAGACACAAAUCACAGUCAGAGCAUUGGAGCUUGUCUCCAUUUCAGACACACUGAGAGGAGCUCAAAGAAAAACUGAAGAGCUGCAGGUCAGACUGAGAGUGGCUGAAGCUGCUGUGAAUGAGCUAAAGAUGAAAAACAGAGAUCCGCUGAAGGUGGGCUUCUCGGCCGGACUGACCGAUGCAGGACCAGUGGGGCCAUUCGAUGAAGAAUCAACCUUAAUCUUCUCCAAAACCAUCACCAACAUUGGCCAAGGCUACAACCAGUCUGCAGGUGUUUUCACAGCCCCUACGAGAGGAGUCUACUUCUUCAGCUUUACGGUGGCAGACUACCUGAAGGGCUACAUGGGCCUGUACCUGUACAGGAACAACCAGCCGGUGGUCUUCAACCUGGACCUGAACGACCACGGCGGGUAUGCGUCCACCUCCAAUGCGCUGGCCCUGCAGCUGGAGGAGGGGGACCAGAUCCGCCUCAGCCUGCCCGCCAGCUACCGGCUCUACGACGACUCGCGGAACUUCAGCGUCUUCUCUGGUUUCCUACUGUUCCCGGUUUGAAAGAAUGUCCAAGUAUCGGGGUAAAGAUCGGGCUUCAAGCUGAGCAAUUGACUAUCUUCAUCAAAAGGAACCCUCCACUGAAAAUCUGCCCUGACACCAUCGUCCUAACUGUAAAUCCACUCCUAGAUCUUCAGCCAGUAUCGAAUUAUCUAUCAUCUUAGUGUCUUCUGGCAGAGAAAACCACCACAGGGAGCAUCGGCAUGGUGCUGCUCUUUCAGCUAUUACAGUACAUUUUUCUUUAUCCGGUCAUUUUUAGAUGGACUACGUUAGAUGUGAGUACACAAAGGUAACAAAAACUUACUGUGUCUCUUUGUUAUGGCUGUCACCUUAAUGCUGUCGGUCACCUUCAGACAAUAAAAUAUGUCCGAGUACACGAUCAGUCAUUGGUUGGG